AUGGGCAACGCUGCAGCAGUCCACAACGUGGCCGAGAGCUCGCGUCGUCGUUUGCUGUUGCAGCAGUACAAUCGCCAGCCGAGGAAUGUUCUCGUUAGUAAAUCAUUAAUGGAGGCUUUCGAACAGCGUCGACUCCAGAGUCUGCAACCCCAGUUUGCACACAGCUUUCACAGCUCUCACCGAAGCAAGAAAACACACCCAGACCCCAAUAACAAGGGCUCACUACAGUCGCUACCACUGAACGAGAUAUAUGAUGUGCUGAAGGAUAACUUUGGGGUUCAGUUAACUCUCGAAGAGCUCCCAACCGUGCUUCGACAUCUUGGCUGUCGAGUAGUGGAAUCUCCAACAGCAGCAUCGAACACCUCAGAAAGAUGCCCCGCGGAAGAUUGGUAUUCUUUCCAGGGUUUAGUGGGUUACGUCGCUCCUCGCAGAAUACUGCGGCUAGUGAAGAGGCCGCUUGAAUGUCCCCACGCUGUCGAUUUCUCGCACAAUAACCUGACGAUUUGGCAAGCAGCCAAGAUGGGCGACUUGGAAGUACUACAAGCUGUCUGUAAGGUUCAUGGAGGCGCGUACAGGGCACUGGAUGACUUUGAGAACUCACCACUUUACUAUGCUAGUUUGUGUGGCCGCGAAGUCGCUGUCGACUUAAUACUGAAAUCCUAUGAAAGAGAGCACCGUACGGUUCCUCCGGACGAGCUACUGCGUUGCGUUACGAAUGCCUUGAACCAAUACAUACGCGCAUUGCUCCAGCAGAAAAUGACGCUGGAAGAGGUACUGAAGGCUAAAGAGCAGAACGCUGACUGCGGUGAGGAUGGCGAAGAUGAGAAUGCAGAAGAUUGCGAUUGGUUUGGUCUUCUCGCUGAUAAUAACAAUAAGUGA